GCAAAAUAAAAGGCCAUGGACUGAACGGAGGAGGAGGGAGCAUGGUAAUGGCAUUCAGAGUGAAAGCAGGUAUGUGGCUGGCAAGACCCUGGCAGUGCCUACACAGCAGGAGGGCGCUGGGCACCACAGCAGUGCCAGCCCCCAAGACACCACAGCCCUUUGAAGCUAUACCACAGUACUCCAGAAACAAGUGGCUGAAGAUGCUACAGAUCCUGAGGGAGCAGGGCCAAGAGAACCUGCAUCUGGAGAUGAACCAGGCCUUUCAGGAGCUGGGGCCCAUUUUCAGGCACAACAUAGGAAGAACAAAGAUAGUGUCUGUGAUGUUGCCAGAGGAUGCUAAAAAGGUGCUCCAGAUAGACGACCCAUACCCUAUCCGCCUACCCUUGAAAUCCUGGUUGGAUCACAGAGCACUCCGUGGCCUGAGUUGUGGUGUGUUUUUGCUAAAUGGGCCCGAAUGGCGCUUCAAUAGACUGAGGCUGAACCCAAAUGUUCUGUCACUGGAAGCCGUUCAGAAGUUUGUUCCUAUGGUGGACACGGUAGCAAGGGACUUUGUGCAGAACAUGAAGAAGAUGCUGGAGACCACCCAUGGACCCCUCUCCAUAGACUCUUACUCCAAUUUCUUCAACUAUACCAUAGAAGCCAGCCACUUUGUUCUUUUUGGAGAGCGGCUGGGCCUCAUCGGCCAUGACCUGAAUCCUGGCAGCCUGAAGUUCAUCCACACCUUACAUUCCAUGUUCAAGUCUACCACCCAGCUCCUGUUCCUACCCAAGAGCCUGACUCGAUGGAUGAACAACCGGGUGUGGAAAGAACAUUUUGAUGCCUGGGAUGCCAUCUCUGAAUAUGUCGCACAAUGUAUCAAGAAUGUGUAUCGAGGGCUGGCAGAGGGUCACCUGGAGAACUGGAGUGUCGUCUCAGAGCUGGUUACAGAGAGGGCUCUGACAAUGGAUAGCAUCCAUGCCAAUUCUAUGGAGCUCACUGCCGGAAGUGUGGACACGACAUCAGUCCCUUUGGUAAUGACCCUUUUCGAGUUGGCUCGGAACCCAGAUGUUCAGCAGGCCCUUCGGCAGGAGAGCCUGGCAGCUGAGGCCAGCAUUGCUGCCAAUCCUCAGAGGCUUAAGUCAGAAUUGCCUCUGCUGCAGGCUGCCCUUAAAGAGACCUUGAGGCUCUAUCCUGUUGCUAAUGUUUUGGAGAGAAUUCUAAGCUCAGACUUGGUGCUUCAGAACUACCAUGUCCCUGCUGGGACAUUGGUCCAAUUUGAUCUGUACUCCAUGGGCCGAAACCCUGCAGUGUUCCCAAGGCCUGAGCGUUACAUGCCUCAGCGCUGGCUGGAGAGGAAGAGGACUUUCCAGCACCUGGCCUUUGGCUUUGGGGUGCGCCAGUGCCUGGGGAGGCGCCUGGCAGAGGUGGAGAUGCUUCUCCUGCUGCAUCACAUUCUGAAAUCCUUCCACGUGGAGACACAAGAGCAAGAGGAUGUGCAGAUGGCCUUCCGCUUUGUUUUGAUGCCCAGCUCCAGCCCCCUCCUCACUUUCCGGCUUGCCAGCUAGUAACACAACACCUCCCCCCUUUUUUUUGGUGUCCUUUGGAGGUCAGCAGCCUCUUCCUGUUCCCUUGACAUGCUACCCCUUUUUCUCCCUUGGGGCACUAUGCCUGUGGUCAUGCUAGCCUCUUGUCUGUGAUUCAAGGCCAGGGAAUGGCUCUGGAGAAUUGCUGCCCCUUCGCUGUCUCCUGCCAGCCUCCUAAUGUCGUCAUCCAAGUGAGCCCAUAUGCUGGCCUUCUGUCUGGUCCCGAUCAUCCUUGUUACUCUCUUCUUGACUCCUCUUCCAAAGUUUCUCUGUAUUGUUUGAGUGUUGUGCUAGAGGAACCCAGCAUCAAAAAGGACAUCUCAUGUUAAAGCCCAUGAGAUCGCAUUGUAACAUGUGACGGGAGACAGAGCUGGCCAGGCAAUUAAUGUGCAUGCUGCUAAUGUGUAUCCCAGCUGCCAUGUAGUACGGCUCAGACCUCGCAGACACAGCGGCCACUUUGUGAUCACCCUCCAGUCUAGACUGUGCGUAUGCAGGUCCUGGGGAUGCUAAGAGGCAAGGGUCUCAGGUGUGGUGAAACAAAAGAAAUGUCCUGCUAAUACAAGGGUCAGACACUGGCUAGCGAAUUUCAGAAGAGUUUCUGUACGUAUCGUCUCUGGUUAACAAUGAACACAGGCCAGAUGCACUUGAGGCAUUGAGAGUGUAAUGCCUUCGUUCCUGCUCUGGCCAAAGCACAGCGUACCACUCGGGGGGGUGGGGGAGAGGAUGUGCCCUGAGUUACAAGCACGCUCUCUUUGCCUCAUUCUUUCUCAACUGCUUUGAUAAGAUACGAACUGUAUCUCUUACAAACAAUAGAAAUGUGUUUGGUUUUUUGCAUUGAAAAAAAAAAUCAAUCCACCCCUCAAUCCUUCCAAAUCCAACUGUAGAAAUUAGUAGAAAAUGCUUGUUCAUUCAGUGUAAGGUUCUAAAGCCCUCAAAAUAAAAAAUCACUUCCAAGGGCUGGAGAGUUGGCUCAGUGCUUAACAGUACUUGCUGCGCUUGGAGAGGACUUGGUUUUGGUUCCUAGCAACGAUGCAACAGCCUGUAGCUCCAGCUCUUAAGGAUAUGACACCUCUUCUGAACUUCUUGGACACCUGCCACAGACAUCUAGACAAACAGUAAAGAAGAAAAGUCACUUUAAGAAGGCGAGAAAAACAUCUAAGCCCCCUGGUAGAGCAGUAAAAAUCCAUGAACAGAUGACAAACACACGCAUAAAGAAAAUACAACGUUAUCUCUGGCUCUUCAUCUCUGUGGUGUCCUCUCCCCGAUGUGAAAACAGUCUACCCAGGAGAAAACACCAGAUGGUCCGCAUUUGUUGGUGUGCCGCAGAACACCUGAGCAGAGCUUGAGGCGUCAGUCAUAAAGCUCACAAGAGAGGAGAGCCUAGGACAUACUGUUGGUAAUCAGGCAGCUCUGCCAUCAGCCCCAGGAACCUGGCAAUAGCAAAACACCUCAGCACCACUGAGACACCUUUUCUGACCACCAGAAGCCACAUGUCGGUGUCCGAACAUGUGCUGAGUCGCGACAGCUGUAUGACAGCCUCAAAGCACACCCCUUGGGAUCCUUAAGCAGGCAUCUCUACAGCCAGCCCCCAAGGGACCUGACAAAUGGGGCACCAGGCAUCUGUGCGGCCAUCUGUGGGACCACCUGCGGACCACCUGAGCAUGCUUUGGGUCACCUCACAAUAUUAAUACUUGCCCCUCCUUCCCUCUCUCUCUCUUUCUGUCCCACCUUGCCUAGAGACGGCCUCUGUGAGCCCCCUUUUCCCCUAAUAAAACCUCCCACGUGGAACCAGUCGCAUGACG